AUGAGAACUCUAGUCCAUCUGGUCAUCACAUGUGCCUUAAGUCAGACUACCAUGGGCAAUAUAUUUUCGCAAACGGUUGUCACCGAUGGAAAUACCGAUCAACAAGAAUACAACACAAGUCUGUGGAAAGUGAAUAAAUUGCAAACGCAAACAAUCCGACGACUGUUGAGAGAUAACCCGCGCCUCGAGUUCGUGGAGGAGGAGAACAGAGCCCUACGCGCUGUGUGUGAGGCCUACGGGCAGCUGAUAUGUGUGCUGAGAGGUGAGCACCAACCGGCCCGCAACCCGGCACUCGUCGCUAUGCAUCGCGAUAUCACUGUCCGCAUGAAAGCCAAUUCAGCGUUCAAUUUGCCGCUAUAUUUGCUACAAAUGAGAGCAACCCAUCGGCGCCAAUACCCAGCGGCUGCUCAUAACGGACCCGAUUUGUUGGCCAACAAUGGCUCAACUUUGGCCGCCAACUAUGGAACCGCUUCGGACAACUGGCCCCGUAAUGGCCCCUAUGAUGGCUCGAUUGCCGGCUUUAUAGAACUCCCCGAAGCAGCUCAAGCCCAACAGUUUGAGAACAACACUGACCAACAGAAUUGA